AUGGCGCAAUCCGUUGGGAAUUCUGAUGAACGGAUUGCCGGAUAUCGCAUGAUGUUCGAAAAGGGGUCUAAUGUGACUAAUUGGAAAUCUCGCAAAAGUCCCGAUAUUUUAUGUACCGAAUCGCACGAGAUCAAAUAUGGAGGGUUUCUAUGCACGAAACCCCAGAUCUACUCGACCCAGCGCCCCAUCUGUGCCCUAGCCGCCAUCUGCAGGUCCAUGCUCUGGCAGUGUGCGCACCCCGGCCGUCGGCGAGCUUCCCCGGCCGCGGAAUUGCUUGGUCAACCUCUUUUCUCCACCUUGCCACCACCCCCUCGGCCUUCGACAUCAGAGAAGGUCCAAGACACCCUAGGAAGCCUUUCCCUCGGCCGAGACCCCUUUCCCGGCGCAGUCCCCGCCGGCCUCCGCCGGCCCCGUGCUACGCCGGAGCUGCCCGAACUCCCUGUGGCCAGCAGCAGUCACCCAGGUCGAGCCUGGGUGAUCCCUGCCUCCGCGCGCCACCGCCGUUCUCCAUCGGUCGCGCCGCCCUCCGGUGACCUCCGGCGUGCCCCCGCGCGCCAUCGCCGCCGCUCCCGACGCCGCCGGCCGCCGCUCUCCCUCCCUGCGGCCGCCCAAACCUUGAACGGGCCGAGACCUGGUCCUCUCGACCACCGCGCGUCGCCGCCACCCGAAGCAUGGUGCGCCGACCUUCCUCAACCUCCGGCGACGUGCCGCCGACGCCCCAACCUUCCUCCGGCCGCCGCUAUGGUCGCUGCUACCUUUGGAGCCCGUGGUGAACCCGUGCGGGCUCGGUUUGGUCCAGCAUCGCCGCCGCCGUCUUCCGCCGCCGUCCAGCGUGAGCACCGGCUCUGCCUGGACGGCCGCACUCGUCCACCGCCGGCGCCCCCGCCGCCGAAGCUUCCUGUCGGCCGAACUAGGCAUGUGCCUUCCUCGGGUUUGGGUGACUAG